GAUCACAUGAUUUGUAGAACAACAUGGCUGCGCCCGUGCAAGGGCCAGCUCUCGGUUGCUGUACUGGAUUGACUCGUGUCUUCUGGCUGCUGGUGCUGGCGUUCGGGGCAGCAGGGAGCGAAGAGACCGGGGCCGGGGACGGCACGGCGACCCUCGCGGGUUCGUGCGGCUGCGGAACGCCUCAGAGGCCCGGGGCCCAUGGCAGCUCUGCGGCCGCGCAGCGUUACUCCCGGGAGGCGAACGCCCCGGGCCUGGCCUCGGGCCCGCGGCCGCUCGCGCUCACCAAGAUGGUCCCCAUCCCUGCUGGAGUGUUUACAAUGGGCACCGAUGAUCCUCAGAUCAAGCAGGAUGGAGAAGCCCCUGCCAGGAGAGUCACUGUUGAUGCCUUUUACAUGGAUGCCUAUGAAGUCAGUAAUGCUGAUUUUGAGAAGUUCGUGAACUCAACUGGCUACUUGACAGAGGCAGAGAAGUUUGGUGACUCCUUUGUCUUUGAUGGCAUGUUGAGUGAGCAAGUGAAGGCGGACGUCCACCAAGCAGUUGCAGCUGCUCCAUGGUGGUUACCUGUCAAAGGCGCUAACUGGAGGCACCCAGAGGGCCCAGACUCCAGUAUUCUGCACAGGCUGAAUCAUCCGGUUCUCCAUGUCUCCUGGAAUGACGCCGUUGCCUACUGCACGUGGGCAGGGAAGAGGUUGCCCACGGAGGCAGAGUGGGAGUACAGCUGUAGAGGAGGCCUGCAGAACAGGCUUUUCCCCUGGGGCAACAAACUGCAGCCCAAAGGCCAACAUUAUGCCAACAUUUGGCAGGGUGAGUUUCCUGUGACCAACACUGGGGAGGAUGGCUUUCAAGGAGCUGCACCGGUUGAUGCCUUUCCUCCCAAUGGCUAUGGCUUGUACAACAUAGUGGGGAACGCUUGGGAGUGGACCUCAGACUGGUGGACUGUUCAUCAUUCUGCUGAGGAAGCACUCAACCCAAAAGGCCCCACUUCUGGGAAAGACCGCGUGAAGAAAGGUGGAUCCUACAUGUGCCAUAAGUCCUAUUGCUAUAGGUACCGCUGUGCUGCUCGAAGCCAGAACACACCGGAUAGCUCUGCCUCCAACCUGGGAUUCCGUUGUGCAGCUGACCACUUGCCCGCUGCUGACUGAUAGCCAACAGGAGCCUUUCCAGAGCCAAGAAAUUGUUUCUGACUGGCUUCCCCCUUCACUCUGAACUGAUCUCGUGUGAAGACUUCCCACCUGAAGAGAGUUACAUGUCUGCCCAGUGGCCAAAGGGACCGUCUCGCGUGACCAAAUUGCUGACGCAUGUCAGUGCUUGUGCUUUAUUGUGUGGUGCAUCUUUGGGAUCAUCGCCAUGUUUUCUUUGAGAGCCUUUUGAAGGGGAAGGAGAGAGCUGAGAACCUCAAAGUACUGCCCAGACUCUGCCACAGAGUGAGACCCUGGGGUCCAGUACUUCCUCUGCCUGGGCCUCUGUCCCAUCAUCAAAUGAGGGGAUGGACAACAUGAUCUCUGAGGCUCUCUCCAACUCGCAGAUUCUAUUGUGUAAUAGCAGAGCAUAUUGUGAUUGCAUAGUGAGAAUUUAUGACAGAUUAUUUUUUAGCUAUUUUUUUGCCAUGUGUGAACCUAGGAUAAUACUAAUCGUACAAGGUGAGAGUCCUCUUCUGUAUUAUUUUCAGGAAAGGGUAGGGUGUGAGUCUUUUAUAUUCAUACUGCACUUUGUUCUUUUGAGGAAAUCAGUGUCUUUUACAUUGUUGUGACAAAUCCCAUGUGGGCCAGUGAUGGGACACUCAAGUUCAGAGAUCUGAACACACAGCAGGGUUUGUGGAGUGACUCUACUGUCCUUUAUCUUUUAACGUUAAGUGCCUUUGGCUCAGAGGGACAGUUUGAAGCCCUGUUUCCCCUUCGCCCCCCAAGCCUUCAGAGAAUGUGAAAUGUGUACUAAUUCGGGAAACUGUAUUAAAUGUGUACUAAUUCUAGGUACAAGGGAAAAAGAACCAGGGCCUUGAAUAGACUACAAUUCCGGGUAUUUGGUAUAUUAUACUAGAGAGAUGGGAAGUCUUGUUGACUUUGAGAUACCAGAUGCUUUGAAUCAUGCACUGUCAAAUAAACUGGUACCCCCCCA